AUGGGUAUGGAACCAAGAAUAAUUGUGACCGGUCAAGAUCCAGCUAUGAAAGUGGCAAUUCCAACAGUUUUCAAGCAAGCCAGGCAUCGUUAUUGCAUGUGGCACAUCGUGUGUAAAGUUGGGGAAAAGGUGGGUCCUACACUGAACAAGGAUGAGGAAUUCAGGAACAAACUGAACUCAAUCGUUUGGACGUCAUCUUUGGAACCUCCUGAUUUUGAGAAGCAGUGGAGAGAGCUCAUGGAAAAGUACAACUUAGUCGAACACAACUGGUUUAAAACUAUGUUUGAGGCAAGAAAGCAUUGGAUCCCAGCGUAUUUUAGAGAUGUCUUUAUGGGAGGACUACUCAGGACAACUUCUCAUUCCGAAAGUGAGAACUACAUGUACAGCUGUUUUACUGGUCCCCAAUCAAGCCUAGUUGAAUUCAUUAUGAACUUUGACACUACUCUUAAAUCACAACGUAACACAAAUGCAAAGCUCAACAGUGACAACGAAGGGUACAAUCCAGAUAUGAAGAUGCCUCUGGGGAUUGAAAAGCACGCUUCAAUCGUCUACACCGUUACUGUUUUCUAUCAAGUUCAGGAAGAAAUAUGUGCCUCCUGUUUCAAAUGUAUGGUGUUGAGUGUUAGAAAAGACGGUGGAAUGUUGCACUAUGAUAUUAUGGAUGGAAAGAACAAAAGAUUUACUGUGGUGCACAAUGUAAAUGACCAUGAGGCCAAAUGCAGUUGCAAGAUGUUUGAGAUGGUUGGACUUUUGUGUAGACACGUAUUUGUGGUCUUUAGAGACCUUGAAAGGAUCCCUCUGAAGUACGUGGUUAAUCGGUGGACUAAGGAUGCAUCUUUUAAAGCUACAUUUGAAAUAGAUGGCGUCAUUUAUGAUCAGAACGGACCAAAGGAUGAAAAGAAGAUGUUGCUGAACAAAGUGUGGUCUGAUAUGGCAGGUUCAAACAUGGAGCAAUUGACUGCAUUUUCCCAAGUGAUUAAUGAACAGAAACAACUGCUACUGUCAGGAAAGGAGAAAUUGUCCCCUCAGCAAAGCAGGAGAACUGUUAUAGAAUCAUAUUGUGGAUCAACAGAAAUUUCAAAGAUCAACAUACUUCCACCGAAACAGGCAAGGAACAAGGGCAGCGGCAAGUGCAUCAAAAGCAUCAAGGAGUUGGCAAUGGAAAAACAAGAGGGCAGGAAGUGCAAUUUUGUGGUGUUAGAGGAGAUCACCAUGACACCAGGACUUGCCCACUUAACCCCAAAAAUAAGGACAAGCAAAAGGGUAAGAAAAAGGCAUAGCAGACUAUUUUUUCAACGCCUUUACAGUCGAGAAUGA